UCUUUUUUUUUUUAACACAUGGUGGCGGUGAUUCUUCCUUCCAUGACUAGGGUGAACGUAAGCUCGUCAGCUUUUGGGUGCACAUCUGAGAAGUAGAAGAAGAGAGAAGAGAAGAAUUCCAAAGCGAGGCACCGAUGUCAGAGAAUCAUUCUUUACUUGAGGCUUCCGCACUGUUCAGGGCUUUGAGGUCGGUUUUUGUCAUGCAUCUGAUGCUGCGAUGUCGGUGUUGAUCCAAGGGUAGCGAAGUUUUCGGCGACAUGGAGGUGGCCUUGAGAGAUAAUCGUGGCCUUGUGCUCAUGAGAAGAAUGCCAUGCCUGUUGCUGGUGGCGUGUUUGUGGCUGACCACGGGUAUAAUCGCCGAUGCGGCUGGGAAUUCCAGUUCUAAUUCUUCUUCUCUGCCUUCUUCCUCGAAGCGGAGUGCUGUGACUAUAGGUUCUCUAUUCACCCGAAAUUCCGCGAUCGGAAAAGCCGCGAGACCAGCAAUUCAAGCCGCGAUCGAUGAUGUUAACGCCAAUUCGAGCAUUCUUGCCAGUACAGAAUUGAAGCUUCUCGAGCAUGAUACGAAUUGCAGCGGAUUUCUCGGAACUGUUGAAGCUUUGCAGCUCAUGGAGAAUGACGUGGUUCUUGCCAUAGGCCCGCAAUCCUCCAAAAUAGCUCAUGUCAUUUCCCACGUAGUUAAUGAGCUUCAUGUGCCGCUGCUUUCGUUCGGAGCGACGGACCCGACUCUGUCUUCGCUGCAGUACCCUUAUUUCAUCCGUACCACGCAGAGUGACUCUUUCCAGAUGUAUGCGAUUGCCGAUUUGGUUGAAUACUAUGGGUGGAGGGAAGUAGUUGCAAUCUUUGUGGAUGAUGAUUACGGCAGAGGUGGGGUUUCAGUCCUCGGUGACGCUCUGGCGAAGAAGCGUUCCAAGAUUUCUUAUAAGGCCGCCUUCACUCCCGGGGCAUCGGACAGCGCAAUCAAGGAAUUGUUGAUCGGAGUGAAUAACCUGGAGUCCAGGGUUUAUGUCGUCCACGCCAAUCCCGACUCUGGUCUUAACAUUUUUUCAAUUGCGAACAAUCUCGAGAUGAUGGCUGGUGGGUAUGUUUGGAUUGCCACUGAUUGGCUUCCUUCGGUUUUAGAUUUAUCUGAGACAGUUGACGCCGAUACGAUGAAUCUCUUGCAAGGAGUUAUAGCUCUCCGUCAUUACACGCCAGAUACAAGUAAAAAGAAGAGCUUCUUGUCUCGGUGGAAGAGCUUGAAGUUCAAGACUACGGCUACCCCUAAUUCCUAUGCUCUGUAUGCAUAUGAUUCCGUUUGGUUAGCUGCCCGUGCUCUGGAUACUUUUCUCAGUGAAGGCGGAAAUAUUUCCUUCUCUGACGAUGCAAAGUUGGUUGGCUUAAAUAGAAGCAGAUUAAGCUUAUCCAGUCUCCGCGUCUUUGAUGGAGGGACGAGAUUGCUCCAGAUACUUCUUACUACGAACUUCACGGGUUUAAGCGGUGAAAUCCGGUUUGAUCCGGAUAAGGAUCUGAUCCAGCCGGCAAUGGAUGUUCUAAACAUUGGGGGCACAGGGACCCGCAGGAUUGGAUACUGGUCGAAUUACUCUGGUCUUUCAGUCGUCACUCCUGAAACGCUGUAUGACAAACCGCCUAAUAGAUCGGUAAGCAGUCAAAAACUUUAUGGUGUGAUAUGGCCUGGUGAAAUGACAUUGAAGCCUCGAGGAUGGGUAUUCCCUAAUAAUGGGAAACCUCUGCGAAUCGGAGUGCCGAACCGAGUGAGUUAUAAGCAGUAUGUAGCGAAAGACAAGAAUCCUCCAGGGGUGAAGGGAUAUUGCAUUGACAUCUUUGAGGCGGCGUUAAACUUGCUGCCUUAUCCUGUUCCGCACGUGUACAUUUUGUAUGGAGAUGGCAAGGGCAACCCUGAAUACAGCAAUCUGGUUUAUGAGGUUGCCCAGGACAAUUUUGAUGUGGCUGUUGGAGAUAUUACAAUCGUCACAAACAGGACAAAGAUUGUGGACUUCACUCAGCCAUACAUGGAGUCGGGGCUUGUCGUUGUUGUUCCCGUGAAGGAGCAAAAAUCUAGUCCAUGGGCUUUUCUCAAACCAUUUACAGUACCAAUGUGGUGUGUCACCGGUGCCUUCUUCCUCUUCGUGGGGGCUGUGGUUUGGAUACUUGAACAUCGGCUCAAUCCUGAAUUCCGAGGUUCACCGAGGCGACAACUCAUUACCAUAUUUUGGUUUAGUUUCUCAACUAUGUUUUUCUCGCAUAGAGAGAACACUGUGAGCACCUUGGGCCGGUUGGUGUUGAUCAUAUGGCUGUUCGUGGUACUGAUAAUCAACUCAAGCUACACGGCUAGUUUGACGUCAAUCCUCACGGUGCAGCAACUGACAUCUGGUAUCGAAGGGAUUGACAGCUUGAUAUCGAGUUUGGAUCGAAUCGGAGUCCAACAAGGGUCAUUUGCGUGGAGUUAUCUCGUCGAUGAGCUAAACAUAGCAGAAUCUAGGCUUGUUAUGUUGAAAACCCAGGAAGAUUAUGCGGUUGCUCUUGAGAAGGGAUCAAAAGGAGGUGGAGUCUCAGCUAUUGUCGACGAGCUUCCUUAUGUCGAGCUUUUCUUGUCCAGCGCAAACUGUGCAUUCAGGACAGUGGGGCAGGAGUUCACAAGAAGUGGCUGGGGAUUUGCGUUCCAAAGGGACUCCCCUCUCGCAGUUGACUUGUCUACUGCAAUCCUUCAACUUUCCGAGAAUGGCGAUCUCCAAAGGUUUCAUGAUAAAUGGCUGUCGCAAACUGAAUGCUCAGCUCAAGUAAAUGCAGCCGAUGAUAGCCGGCUCUCUCUGAACAGCUUCUGGGGUCUGUUCCUCAUUUGCGGCAUUGCCUGUUUCCUUGCUCUCACUUGCUUCUGCUGUAAGGUCUUCUCGCAGUACCGCAGAUUCAGCCCUGGGACUGAGGAAACCGAGGUUGAGAUCGAACCUUCCAGUACCCAACGCCCAACUCGCUCGACCAGCUUCAAGGACUUGAUGGACUUUGUCGACAGGAAAGAAGUGGAGAUCAAGCACAUGCUGAAGCGGAAGAGCAGCGAGGAGAAGCGACAAGCCAACCAGAGCUCAGAUGGGCAUCCGUCGCAUUCUCCUGCCUAAGAGAAGAUUUUCUCUCGGGCCGUCACACGUCCUUGUAUUUUCUUCUCCAUUAGCCAUAGGAUGGGCGCAAGGUCAAGAGUAUAGUUGUACAUCUAUGUCGCAUUAAGUUGAGUUUCCACGAGUUAAGCAAGUGGAAUCAUGGAAUACGCACGAAGGUGAACGAAUUUGCGGAAGAAGGUUGCCUUUCUGUGCAAUGCGUUGAUGACUGUUAAACGCCGGACACGUUCUUUUCGCUGGAAGAGUCUGCUCAAGAUCUGCUCUGGCUGAGAACCAAAGGUUGCUCUGUAGCGCAGUUGAGAGUGUCAAUGCAACAGAGAAGUUGGUCCA